UCGAGAGUAGGAAUUAUUUAAAGAAGCCUCAGAAGGCUUCGGGCCGGCGCGAACCAUGCUGUUGCCGGCCGAUAUGCUCGCGGCUCAGUCCAAGAUGGUGUACCAGAUCAACAAGUACUUCGGAGAACGCGUGAUGACGAGGAAGAGCCAGGUGAUGAAGACGAUCCAGGAGGUGUGUCGCGUGGUACAGGACGUGUUGAAGGAGGUCGAGGUUCAAGAGCCGAGGUUUAUCUCAUCCUUAACCGAUUACAACGGCCGUUUCGACGGUCUCGACGUUAUUUCACCGACGGAGUUCGAGAUCGUGAUCUAUCUGAAUCAAAUGGGCGUUCUAAAUUUCGUGGACGAUGGAACGCUACCUGGUUGCGCUGUACUAAAGCUCAGCGACGGUAGAAAGAGGUCUAUGUCUCUUUGGGUGGAGUUCAUCACCGCCUCGGGCUACCUAUCCGCCAGAAAGAUCCGCUCGAGAUUUCAGACUUUGGUAGCUCAAGCGUGUGACAAGUGUGCCUACAGGGAUUCGGUGAAGAUGAUAGCCGACACGACUGAAGUCAAGCUCCGCAUCAGAGAGAGAUACGUGGUGCAGAUCACACCGGCGUUCAAGUGUGCCGGAUUAUGGCCGAGAUCAGCAUCUCACUGGCCGAUCGCGCACAUACCAUGGCCGCAUCCUAACAUCGUCGCCGAAGUGAAGACAGAGGGUUUCGAUAUGCUGUCUAAAGAGUGUAUAGGCUUGCAGGGGAAACAGUCCGCGAUGGAAGGCGACGCUUGGGCGUUAUCGUUCAUCGACGCUGAAAAUCGUCUGCUUCAAGGUGGAAGCAGAAAACGUUGCUUGAGUAUUUUGAAAACUCUCAGGGACAGACACUUGGAUCUUCCGGGAAAUCCUGUCACCAGUUAUCACAUGAAAACUUUACUGCUGUACGAGUGCGAAAAACAUCCUCACGAGGCCGAAUGGGACGAGACUUGCAUCGCGGAUCGUAUAAACGGGAUCCUGUUACAAUUGAUCUCUUGUCUACAGUGUCGAAGAUGUCCGCACUAUUUCUUACCCAAUUUGGAUCUGUUCAAAGGGAAGUCACCGAGUGGUUUGGAGAACGCGGCUAAACAAGUGUGGAGACUCACCAGGGAGUUAUUGACGAAUAGUCGAGCCCUGGAGAAGCUGUAGUGAGGAAUAAUUGCAAUCUAUAUAUACGUAUGUAACGGUGAAACAAUAGAACGAAGGAAACUUCGAAAGAGGUCUUUUUAAAUUAAGAGAUUCGUUCCUGGUACCCCGAGAAG